AUGGAAACUACAGGGCUAUCUUUCUCCAGAUACUUUGCUGUUAUGAAUCUCCUCCAGAUGACAAUACCAAGUUCAGAACAAUUCAUAGUGAAUAGCUUAUAGAGGCCAAUCUUGGCUCCACUGGGUGGAAAAGUUGAGCUCAGUUGCCAGCUGUCUCUACCAGAAAGCACAGAACACGUGGAAAUACGCUGGUUCUGGAGUCACUACACAUGACCUGUUUACCUGUAUAAGGAUGGUAAAGACCUGUAUGGAGAAACCAUCUCCAAGUAUGUGGAGUGGACAGAGCUCCUGAAAGAAGCCAUUGGAGAAGGUAAAGUGACCCUCAGGAUCCUUAAUGUCAGUGCUGAUGAUGACGGGCAGUACCACUGCUUCUUCAAAGACGGAGAUGUCUGUGAAGAGGCCAUCACAGAAGUGAAGGUCACAGCUACAAGUUUAGAAAUACAAAUUCUUAUUCAUCCUCCAAAUAGCAAAGGUCUUUUAGUGGAGUGUAAUUCAGAAGGUUGGUUCCCACAGCCUCAAAUGGAAUGGAAAGACAGCAGAGGAGAGAUCAUUCUGCCUGCAUCAAAAUCCCAUUCCCAGGAUAGAAACAAAUUGUUCAACAUGAAGAUGAGCCUUCUCCUUAGAGAUAGCUCCCAUGGCAACAUCACUUGCUACCUUCAAAACCCUGUAACUGGUCAAGAGGAAAGGAUAAGCGUUGUCUUAUCAGAUAAACUGUUUCCAUGGAAUUCUAUCUGGAUACUGAUUCUGGUUGCAAUCUUGGCUGUUCUGCUGUUCUUCAUUAUGUUGCCAAGUGUUGAACUACAGCAAAGAGAGCAACGUAAUAACUGGUGUGACUGGAAUCCUCCCUGCCUGAUAGGCAUUGGGAUAGUCUUCUUUUCAAUGUGUGUAAUUGUUGGACUUAUUAUCGGUUUGCGUCGCAGAAACAGAGGUCAUAGGUAUUUUUUCAGAUAUCAGUGUAAAUCACAAGACACUGCUCUCAAAAUUAUUCACAUGUUCUCACACAUUUUGCUAAAUUUCAUGGUCUGCAUGGACACCUGA